GAUUCGUAUAGAAGUGGUGGCUGAGUACUGGUUGAUUUAAUUCAGUCAUCUUUGCGGAAUCAUUUGUUGUAGUUAUAUUUUUAAGUUCAUCAGUAACCGACAUGGGAAUAGUCAUUGUCAUUUCUCUACUGCUGGCAUGCGCCAGUGGUCAGCAAGAUGCAGGUGAUUUGUGCACGAUGAAGGAUGGCACGCAAGGAAUAUGCACAGAAUUACUCCAAUGCCCCGAAGUUGAUAAACAAUUGCAGGCUGGUACUCCACCGGAUACUCGCUGCGGAUGGGCUGGAUUUCUACCGAUUGUUUGUUGUCCACUGCUUCUUCCAGAAACCUCGACCAGACCAGUAACUGAAAAAAUUCCGAUGACGCCCCAAGCCACAUCUUCAACGUCAAGGCCUCGGGUCGACGGGAGCCCCGGGGAAACCGGUGUUGUCGCGCGUCAGAUGUGUGCUCAUUACGGGAAAUCAGUCUACGCUUUGGUGACUGCACCUACAUUGUCGGUCGAUCGAACACAGCUCAAUGUCAGUCUCUGCGCUAUUAAAUAUCAGAAACUAAUUGUCGGUGGAACUAAGGCAGAGCCCAAAGAGUUUCCACACAUGGCAGCGGUGGGAUUCAAUACUCAUGAUGGGAUCAAGUGGGGCUGUGGAGGCACCCUCGUGUCUGAUUUAUUUGUAUUGACUGCUGCACAUUGCACUUUUUCAUUGAAUGGAGGUCCUGCUGAGUGGAUCAGAGUCGGGGAUUUGGAUUUGAAAAGGGACGAUGACGAUGCAAAACCUCAGCAGCGUAAAGUAACUGAAAGGAUUCGUCAUCCAAAUUACAAAAGUUCAUCGCAUUAUCACGAUAUUGCCCUGUUACGUAUGGAUAGCCCAGUGACCUUCAAUGCCUGGGUGAGACCUGCUUGUCUACCGACUAUAAGCAGUGAACAACUCACCGAAAAAGCGAUUGCGACGGGCUGGGGAAAAGUCAAUUGGACUGAGGACGAUGGAUCCGAUAAACUCCUUAAGGUCACACUCCCCAUAAUGUCCCAAGGGCUUUGCAACCGUGUUGUCGUUGGAAAUGCCGUUCAUCCGAAGCUGAAGCAGGGGAUAGUCGGUGAUUGGCAAAUUUGUGCCGGAGAAGAGGGGAAAGACACCUGUCAGGGGGAUAGCGGGGGACCACUUGUUGUCUUCGAUCGUCACAAUGAAUGCAUGUAUGACGUCGCUGGUAUCACGAGUGUAGGUAUAUUAUGCGGAAGUAUUAUUCCAGGCAUUUACACCCGCGUACACCAUUACGUCUCAUGGCUCGAGAAGGAGAUUUGGGGAUAACCUAAAUCUAACUAACUCAUUCCAGUAGCCAAGUGGUAUGGUUAAAUAAGGUGACUUAUCACUGAGUCAAGUUUCGCGUCAUAUCUCUGAAUUUAAAAGAGAUAAAUUAUCUCGUUCUACUGUUUCGUUAUGGAUUUGGUGUUCCGUUGAUGUUUUGUAUUGUUCAGCUCGUUAUCUAUUUGUACAUCAUGAUGUCCUUUUUUUAUAACAAUUGAAUAAUGGUCUGGCAGAUAUUUAUAAAAAAUCAAGAUUGUAGAAGAGUUACUUCUUCAAAAUUAAAAUGAGAACAGGAAAUGAAUUCAAACAACGACAUAAAAAUUUUGUGAUAUCACAAUUUAAUUGUGUUUAAUUCAAUAAACGUCUGAUGCAAUGUUUA